GUACCAUAAAACCGCCGCGCACGAAUCUAAGACCACCCGCCAUAGCUCAUCUACUGACAACCCACCUCAUCUCAAUCUCCGACACAAACCUCCUACUGUCUCUUUCUAACUCACCUCAGCUUCUCAGUUUCGGUCCCAAACACUCUUCCCACAAUCAUGGAACUCAAUCUCUAACCAGAUUCAAGAUCCAAUUUGUUUUUUUUACCAGGGUUUUAUCAGGGUUUAAAGCUUCAAUCUUUUUACCCAAUUCAAUUCCAUUUUUUCUGACAACGUAGCUCUAGAGCCACAUGGCUUACUGGCGAGGCCUCUCGUCUAGAGCCACCAUCGUAGCUCGGCGAAAGCAGCACCAUCCCUUUAUCUAUCACCUACACGACAACGACGUCGUUUCGGAGCCCUCUCCUUCCCCGAACACCAAUCAUUUCCUGACCCAAAAGCGCUUCUUUGGAAGCACUUUGGAUUAUAAAGUUUCGGGCUUUGGGGGGUUUGGUCGGAAUCAGAGGGUUUCUAAUGCUUUGCUUUUGUCGGCGGCGGGAUUUGGGUUUGGUCGGAAUAUGUCAACGGCGAGUGGGGGAGGGUUUGGUGAUGUCCCGGAGCUUCUGUCGGAAGCUGUUACCAAACAGCUGCCGGCGGUGAAUGAGGUGGCGAUUGCGGCGGCUGAUUCUUACUUGCCGGUGAAGGGCUUGCAGUACUUGAUUGAUUAUGUUCACACUACAUCUGGGUUGAACUGGUGGGCUGCCAUAGUGGUAACAACUCUUUUGAUUCGGAGCUGCACGGUUCCUCUCCUAGUGAACCAACUUAAAGCAACCGCAAAACUCACUCUCAUGAGGCCACGCCUUGAGGAACUUAAGGAAGAGAUGGAAAGCAAGGGUAUGGAUCUUGAAGCUAAGCUUGAAUAUCAAAAGAAAAUUAAGAUGCUGUUCAAGGAAUAUGGCUGUAGUCCUUUAACUCCACUGAAGGGACUCUUUAUACAAGCUCCUGUGUUCAUCAGCUUUUUCCUAGCAAUAUCGAAUAUGGCAGAGAAAGUGCCAUCGUUUAAAGAUGGCGGUGCCUAUUGGUUUGUGGAUCUGACAACUCCUGAUCCUAUGUACAUAUUUCCAAUUUUGGCAGGAUUGACAUUCUUAAUAACUGUGGAGUGCAAUCUGCAAGAAGGUAUGGAGGGAAAUCCUGUUGCUAAAACCAUGAAGAAUGUUUCAAGAGGCAUGGCAGUUCUUACAGUUCCAUUUACUAUGAGUUUCCCAAAGGCUGUAUUUUGUUACUGGGUUACAUCCAACUUGUUUUCGCUUGGAUAUGGAUUUGUGGUGAAAAAUCCUUUCGUGAAGAAGACACUGGGUCUUCCCAACAUGCCUCCUCCUGCUCCUCAACCGCAAGGAUCACAACAAUCGGCAUUCUCAUUGUUUUCACAAAUGAAACAGCUGGCUGCAACCCCAGAGUCCGCCUCAUCAACCGUUCAACCAGCAAAGAUUCAAGACCGGAGAACAUCGUCGACAUCAGAUCUCAGUCAAAGGAUUAAAAGUUUAGAGAAAAAAGUAAAGGGAAAAAAGAGAAACAAGAAGAGGUAGAGAAUUUGCUAGUUUCACAGAGUAAAACCAGUAGCAUGACCAUUGAUGAGGAGGUUUCAUUGCUAUAAAUUUUUGAUAUAUUAUUCUUUACAUUGAUGACUCGAUUCUUAACUUACUGAGAGGUACUUUUGGGGCAUAGGAUGGUUUUAAUAAACAGUAUGAAAGGUACCAGUACCUGAACUUUUUGCUUGAAAAAGGUUGAGAAUUUU